CCUUAUUUUCCCCAAUAUUAAACCUUUGGGGGAGGGAUCCUUGAGUGUUGUCGCACAACUACGGUAGACUACAGGCUGUACUUUCCGACUUGCGCUGUUUGAGUUGAGCAGGCGGUCGAGUUUCUACACGAGGAUAGUCAAAAAUAGCCCUCAAAGGCGAUUAGGUAUGACGGAUACUAAUGGAGGGGCUCCGCGGGACUGCUGGUAAAGAUGAGGAUUCCUCCGGUGUGGGCGCUGGGCGCUUGCCAGACUGGGUGAAGUGAGAACUGAGAGGGAAACCCGCUGAGGAAAAAAAAACACACCGCCUGGGACUGCCGAGGAGGACCUCUGUGCAGGUUCACUCGGCUGUCGGCAGGGUGGAGCUUCCUGACUCAUGGAGAAUUACUUCCAGGCCGAGGCCUUCAACCUGGACAAGGUGCUGGACGAGUUUGAGCAGAACGAAGAUGAGACAGACAGUCCCAUUCUCUCAGAUACCAAGUGGACCCAGAUCCUGGCCCCGCCAGCCCACCUGCUUUCUCUGAAUCCCGCCCUGGCCCACACAGACCUCAGCCCCCGGGAGAGUCCUCUGCCCUUCAAGACUCUCCCCGACUCCUCUUCCAGCGCCUCCCCAGGGGCCGACCCUAAAAGACAUCCUGGUCCCGAACCUCCAUCCUGGGCAGAGGAGAGGCCGGCAGAUGUCCACAGCCCACCGCUCCCCCAGCCCAAUAUCGGCAAACUGGUGGGCACAGACGACCUCUCGCCGCCCCCUGUGACGGCCUGUACUCCAGUGGAGAACGGCUGCCUCGCCAGCCCUGCUAGCACACAGCUGGAUGAGCCCAGCAAGGACAUAAGUUCUCCUCCAGAUAAUCAGCCUCUUGCUUCUGACCAGGAGGCUAGACCUCUCCAGGAAGAGAGAGCCCCCACUUUAGCUGGAGGAGAAGGCUCUGCUCUCAGUCACACUCACUUUACCUUUGAGGUCGGAUUAGGACAGGAAAAACCUCUGUCUCCGAAAAUUCAUCCGAAUGUGGAGCCAACAACACAAAAUGGGGAAAGUGUCAAAGAGGAGGUCGUUACAGCUGUUUUACAGGACAGUGGACAAGAAGAACAAACUGCACAUGUAAAGGAGGAGCAGAUAGGAAGUCUCCUGAAUGGGGGUAGAGACAUUCAGACUAGUUGUGAGGUGGAGGAGAAUGAUGCAUCUCCUCCUGACAGGGUGGAAAUGGAGGAGACGGAGAAGAGAUGUGGUGCAGAGGGUCAGUUAGAACAACUCCUCAGAAUAACAAGCCUCCCCAAUGGUUUGGAGCAGGAGAGCAGUAGUCCUUCCAAGCUUAAGGAGACAGAAGAGAAGGAGGAGGGUUUUUCUCCCUCUCCUGUCCCCUCUAAAGAGGACUCGGUGACUGAAGAGAAGGAGAUGGAGGAAAGUAAACAGGAGAACGGUGAUGGAGGAGCAGUGGGGUCAGGCAGCAUCCAACCAAAACUCAACAACAAUCGGCUGCAGCCGGUCAGCGUUCCUUAUGGAGGGGCGCGCCCAAAGCAGCCGGUCAGCCUCAAGCUCCAGAUUCCACAGCCGCUCUCAGACCAGGUCCAAAAUCAGCUCGGCCCAGCUGCCGUCACCAAGAACAAAAACCAGGAGAGCCAGCGAGGAAGGGGCACUCCAUCCGAAACUACGCUCAGUGGGACUGAUCAGAGUGCAGUUGGGGUGAACGGAGACAAUGGUGUCAUCCACUCUCCUCUCCCGGUGCCCUCGGAGAGUCCAGACAAUGACCUCCAGGCCGGCCAACAGGGCACUCUGUGCAGGAAGCCUGCCAGCUCCCUGGGAGAGGUUGCCCCUGUGUGGGUGCCUGACUCCCAGGCUCCUGUCUGCAUGAAAUGUGAUGUCAAGUUCACCUUCACCAAGAGGAGGCACCACUGCAGGGCCUGCGGCAAGGUGUUCUGUGCGACGUGCUGCAGCCUUAAGUGCAAGCUCACGUACAUGGACAGGAAGGAGGCUCGCGUCUGUGUCACCUGUCAUUCUGCUCUGUUGACUGUUCAAUCAUGGGAGACGCUGGCCGCUGCAUGCAACCAGAGUCCGAACCCAAACAACCCGGCGGAGUACUGCUCCACCAUCCCCCCUCUGCAGCAGGCCCGGGCCUCUGGGGUGUUCAGCUCCCCUCCUCCUACCGUCAUGGUGCCCGUGGGAGUCCUGAAACAGCCUGGAAACGAGGGGUCCCUGUCUCGGGAGCAGAGGAGGGUGUGGUUUGCUGAUGGGGUCUUACCGAACGGAGAUGCAGCAGAGUCUCCCAAACCCCCGACCUCCAGCCCGGCCCCCUCCCAGUCACAGGCCAUCUCCACGUAUUCAAACAAAUCCUCCACUUCUGACUCCUCAGAGGCGGUCCAUACCCCUGCUGCCCCUGUGGGCAGCCCCGUGGGCAGCUCCCUCAGCCUGAUCCCGGAGGACGGGCUCCCUCCCAUCCUCAUCUCCACCGGAGUCAAAGGAGGUACGGGAGGCCACUUCACAGACUAUGCAGUAGAGGAGAGGCCAUCAGAGAUCGUCCUCAUGCAGCAGCUGGAGGAGGGAGGCCCAGACCCCCUGGUCUUCGUGCUCAACGCUAACCUGCUCGCCAUGGUCAAGCUUGUCAACUAUGUAAACAGAAAGUGCUGGUACGUGACGACUAAAGGCAUGCACGCUGUCGGCCAGGCAGAGGUGGUCAUUCUGCUCCAGUGUCUACCUGAUGAGAAGACCAUCCCUAAAGACAUCUUCACUCACUUUGUGCAGCUCUACCAGGAGGCCCUCAGUGGCAACGUGCUGAGCCACCUGAGUCACUCAUUCUUCACGCAGAGCUUCCUGGGCAGUAAGGAGCACGGCGGCUUCCUCUACAUCAGUCCCUCCUUCCAGUCGCUGCAGGACCUGCUGCUGCCCAACCCGCCCUACCUCUUCGGCAUCCUGAUACAGAAGUGGGAAACGCCCUGGGCCAAAGUCUUCCCCAUCCGCCUCAUGCUGCGGCUGGGCGCAGAGUACCGAUUUUAUCCGUGUCCGCUCUUCAGCGUCCGCUUCAGAAAGCCCCUCUUCGGAGAGACGGGCCACACCAUCAUGAACCUGCUCGCAGACUUCCGCAACUACCAGUACACGUUACCUGUGGUGAAAGGUCUGGUUGUGGACAUGGAGGUGAGGAAGACGAGCAUUAAGAUCCCCAGUAACCGUUACAAUGAGCUGAUGAAGGCCAUGAACAAGUCCAACGAACACGUGCUGGCCAUGGGGGCGUGUUUCAACGACCGGGCCGACUCCCACCUCGUGUGCGUCCAGAACGAUGACGGGAACUACCAGACGCAGGCCAUCAGCAUCCAUCACCAGCCUCGCAAAGUAACUGGCGCCUGCUUCUUUGUGUUCAGUGGUGCUUUGAAAGCCUCGUCGGGCUUCUUAGCCAAGACCAGCAUCGUGGAAGAUGGCGUAAUGAUCCAGAUCACAGCUGAGACCAUGGACUCUCUACGGCAAGCCCUGAGGGACAUGAAGGACUUCAGCAUCACGUGUGGUAAAGCCGACCAGGAGGAGAACCAGGAGCUCGUCCACAUCCAGUGGACGGAGGACGACCACAACUUCAACAAGGGUGUCAUCAGUCCGAUCGACGGGAAGUCGAUGGAGUCCAUCACCAGCGUCAAGAUCUUCCACGGCUCAGAGUUCAAAGCCAACGGCAAAGUCAUCCGCUGGACGGAGGUGUUUUUCCUUCAGAGUGAAGAUCAGCCCAACGGCCUGAGCGACCCGGCCGACCACAGCCGGCUGACGGAGAACGUGGCGAGGGCUUUCUGCAUGGCGCUGUGUCCGCACCUGAAGCUGCUGAAGGAGGACGGGAUGGCCAAACUCGGACUGAGGGUCACGCUCGACUCUGAUCAGGUGGGUUACCUGGCAGGAAGUAACGGCCAGCCCCUCCUGCCUCAGUACCUGAGCGACCUGGACAGCGCCCUGAUCCCCGUCAUCCACGGGGGGGCGUGUCAGCUGAGCGAGGGCCCGGUGGUCAUGGAGCUGGUCUUCUACAUCCUGGAGAUCAUCUCCUAGGAGCCUCCAUCCGAACUUUCAUCUCACAGCCUGGUCCCCUCCGUCAUCUCCCUUCAACCGUUUGCACUUCGAAAAGAGUCCGAAAACUGUGCCGUGCCAGGCGGGGUAGCAUUCCUCAAGUGGAACCUAUGCAUCCCGAACACCGUCUGUUCUGCUCGGGAGGCCGUCUGGGGCCUGAGUACAAAACUCAAGUCAGGAUCCCCUGCCACGCGUCCUGAGAGGUGCUCCGAUCCCUGGUGUUCGUUCGAGGUGCGUCAAGCAGGAAAUGAGCACCAGAGACAUCAGAGACGGUCUGACCCCGAUGUGGUUUUACUGUCCCUAUAAGAAGUACUCACCCGCCUUCAGAGCGCUCAUGUUUUACUGUUUCACAACACUGGAUGAGAGCAGAUUUGAUUUGGCUUUUUUGACACGGAUCAGCAGAAAAGAUUCUUGCAACAGAUUUCUGCAAAACGAUAUAAAUUAAUGAACAUAAAAAAAUACACGUUUGCACAAGUAUUUAAACAGGACGCAGAUAAAUCACCGCUGUUUUUACAUCCCUAGAAAAUGAAGAGCACAAGGACGUCGUCGGUUGUUUUCUUUUGCCCAAAGAAACUAUCCUGACACCAGAACGUUUUAAUUUACCCAGAAUUCAUGGCAAAUUAGUCCUAGUUAGAGGAGCACAGCUGAGAACUGAACCGCUUUGUGCAAUAGAUGAAUUUAGACGUCUGGCCCCGGAUCCCGGGAGUCUGCUUGGAGCUCGAGCACUUCAGCAAAAGAAGAAGGUUAGAAAUUUGUUUGUAGAGAUCCGUUUCCACUUUGACAUUAAAGGUCUUUUUCGGUGUCAAACGUCCGCUGUAAAGAGCCUGUUAAUGAAAGCAUUUCAUCUUGACACCAGAGUCACGAAGCCGUUUAACAUGAGCACUUCCCAGGAGGGUGAACACUUCUUGUAGGUGCUGUGCGCAGCUCCCGUCACCCCCACGUCGCCGUGGCAGCCGGGGGUCCUGAAGCACUGAACCCUGAGUGUUAUCUGUGUAGCACGGACGCUCGUAAACGAGGGAGGCUCGUAUCCACCGCGGAGACGUCUGGACUCUUCCUCUGAGGAAAGCUUCAGAUCGUGAGACGGCGAGGUGGAAGGUGCAUCUGUGUGGUGAUUUUUGUUUUGUUUGUUUGUUUGUUUUUUUGCACCGUGGUGCUCAGUGCCUGCAGCAGCGACUCACAAAGCAACAAGAAAAAUAAUAAUUCAGCUUCACCUCUUAAGCUUUACUCAUCGAUCACCAGAUGCUUUACUUCAUGGACAAAUCCGCUGACCUGAUGUACAUAUUUUUGUAGGCGUGACGACGACUUCUCCAUGAUAGCUCUGCCUGUGUAGCCUCCAGAGAUCCCAGUUAAAGACAGCGUUACUGAAGUGACCGUCACGGACUCCUCUGACUGCCGCUCUGUGAAAUACGAUUACACGUCAACUCUGAAAGUCCUUUCAUCCUGCGGAAGACAGCAGAUUUAAAAAAAACAAACAAAAAAGGUUCAGAUGCUUUAUUGAUAAACUCAAACGGUCUGUACAUAAAGCUUAAAAACACAAAAGAGGGAAAUCAGUUUCAGUCUCAUCGUCCAUCUUCAACGUUAUCAGCGCUUGUUUGUCCAGCAGUGGCUGGAGAAGCCACUCGAGUUAUUUUGGUCUUUUUAAUCAUACAAAGAGAAUACAUGUUGAAGAUGUAAAGACAUAUAUAUAUAUAUAUAAAUAAAUAUAUAUGAACUCUAUUGAAUUGCAGAAGCCGUGCACUGGAUUCUAAGCCAUUUACAGGAGAGUUAAAGUGAGCGUCGAGGUGGCAGACGAGAGACGUUCGGUGUUUUGCAAAGAUCAGGGGUUCCUGCAGAAGCAAAGAGUUUGACUGACCUGAAUGUAUUUCAUCUCACAUUUCCUGCAAAAGCCCUCAAAUCACGAGCACCCUGCCCCAGACCGCUGCGGACCCACGUGGGAACCCCGCAGAUGGCUGACAUGUUGUCUUCAAAGGCCUCAACUGACUUGGUGUCUGUGCAGACGGACGGCUGCAGCCCCUCCCUCUGGACUGUGCUCUCCUUCAGCAACGUGGACCUGGAGAAAAUAAUGUAAGAAUGUAUUCCUCCUGUUUCUGUUCAAACCUGCAAAGUGUGAUUUUUUUUUUUCUUUUGUUUCUGGUUAGACUUAUCACCAAAAAACAAACAAAAAAAACAUCACCUUGUCAUGUCAAAAAGCUCUGUACAGUAAUCACUCUGCAUUAUGGCAAUUUGUCCAUCUUUAAUCAUGCUAAUAUAAAACCAGAAGGGGCUACACAAAAAGUACUGCCGAUAAAGCACGAGAGGUUUUGUCGAAGCAUUUCGGAGAAAAACAAUCUCGUCAUCACAAGUGAGAAUCAGACAAUCACAUGAAAAUCUGCGGAAGAGCCAACGCUUUGAGUUUAAAUUAGACCUGUAGCUGUUUGUUCAUUCGUUCGUUACUCAAUUUGAAGUAUUUUAGGAGCUACUGUAGCAAAGCAACGUUAGCGAAGCCGAUUUAAAAGAAUAAAAAAAAAAAGUUCAGCAGAGACUGAACGAGAGGUCGAAGGUCACCACUUCCUGGUUUCUUACUGUGAUCACGCCAGAGUCGGUGUACCUCAAUCACUGUGCGACGUUCAUCAGCCGCCGGCAGCAGUUCUGUUUUUAUAACUUAGCAUAAUGAAGAGGAGACGUGAGGGUUUACUUUUCUGACCUUCUGUUUUCUGUUCUGUUUUAUUUUGACAUUAUCCAAUGUGUGCAAUAUGUCCUAAAUCCAAAACAUUAAAAAGGUGCAAUUUGUUUGACUGAAAAGGUAGCAUUUUUUUUAUUUUAUUUUAUUUUUUUUUGUAUUUAGUUGUAAGACGUUCGUUCCUGUCCAAACUAUUACACUGCAUGCAAACAGAGACAAGCUUGAAAUGGUGAAGAGAGCAAAUCAACUCUGCAUUUUAACAGUUAGCGUAUAUCUUCUUGUUUGUAGAUGAAACUUAAAAACAAAAAUAACUACUACACUUUUUCAGUUUGGUCAUUGACUGGUUUUUGUUAAAUAUUUUUUUUUAAAUUAACAUCAGUCAAAAAAUAUUUGAAAAGCCAAAAAACCCUGUACAUCUUUUUUUCUUUACACUACAAAUGUCAAGAAAAUGUCUUCAUUAAAAAAAACAAAACACAAAAAACCUGUAGUAUAUGUAAAAUAAAAACUUAUAGAAAACUAAAAUGAGAGCUUAUUUUUUGUCUCCUGGUUUCAUUCCUAAAUCACAUUUUUUUUUUCUUCUGAAAUAAAGAAAAAGCACAUGACAAUGCGUCAUUAAAACAGUAUCUUUUUUUUAAUUGGUAUAUUUUUAAGCAGGGUCAGCAAAUUCAGUCCACAAUUAAAAACAAGAUAUGGCCUUGAUUCCGUUGUUUGUGUGGCAUUUUGUAAAUAUAAACAAGUGACAUCGUUCAUCUUUGUAAACAAGCAGGUGAUCAACGUGUUUUAACAGAAUGUCCAUUUCUCUGAUUGAAGAUGUUAAAAACUGCCAACACAAAAGAGAAAUGUUGUGACCUCAGCAACAUUUGGCAACUAAAUAACAACUAUAAUGUUGCAGACAACGUUGAGGUAACGCUGUUUGCUAUGGCUCCUUGUGUAGCAUGUAUUACAAUGCUGCAGUUUAACCCUUAAAGGGUCAGUUCACUCAAAAUACUACCA